ACACAAUCUAAACAAUGGCGGCGACGGUGGUGGUUCCAUUUCUGAAGUGCUUUUCAGAUUUGUGAAUAAUUUCUUGUUGUGCAGUAACCUUUAACUUCGUAAUUUUUAUUAGUGAGGUCACAAGGGAUCCAAAGAAACAACGCGCUUGCUCGAAGACGUUAUACUGCUUCUCGGUGAUCUUACGUGCAGCUUUAUCCUCGAACUGCUGGCCCCAAAUGUUUGAGUUAUUGCAGUUUAAUGACGUUAUAACUAGAGUGACUCUAUAUAGAACAGCAGCUACCCAUGUACAAAGAACCCUGACCGUAGACGUCAUCGUCUUCUUGUCGCCACAUCUUCGGAUACAAUUUUGAAGCAGCACUGCCCCACGAGAAACGAGGUACCCAUGGAUACCACCCCGCCGCCUGCCAAUGCAUCCAAUUCCACCUCCUCUCAGCCACGCAAAAACUGGUCGGAAAUGCGCCAGAUGGUACGGCAAGUGCGGUGCCAGCUCUAUUCGACUGCAAGCCGUGUGCCUAGCAAUGUUGCUUUUCGGUCUAUCACUGACGAGAGGGGACUUCCAGCAAUGCGGCUGUACUUUCUCAGCUCUCUGGCCUCUGGGAGAGAAAUUACGCUUCACUACGCUGAUGUGUCAGAAGCACACGAGACAUCAGAAGAUGGAGGUGCUCAAAGGAGAGUGUCAUCUUGGAAGCCCCUCUUGGAGUCCAAGUUCCAUGCUGUACACCACUUUGGAAGGUUGUCAAGAGAGGAACAGCUACACUGGGAACGGAAAAGGCUCAUGAUGUGGGGAAUUACGUCGUUCGACCACCUGGAUGGAAUGUUUGUGUUUCCUGCUGGUGGGUCGGUUUUCUACUGCGAUGACAGCGGAGAAAAGGAGCCACCUCAUUUCCCUCAAGAGCUACGGAGCAGUUUGACAUCAGCUCGUUUAAACCCGCAACUCUGCCCCUGCAACCCUAACCUGGUAGCGUUCGUCUCCAACGGUGAUAUUUGGGUGCAUCACAUACCGUCUGGUUGUGAGGUGCGACUGACACAUACGAGGAAAGGAGGAACAAGCCUUUCUGAUAAUCCUAUCAGUGCUGGGAUUCCUCCAUACGUUACUCAGGAAGAGUUUAGUCGCUAUGUUGGGUUCUGGUGGUGUCCAACAAAAAGCACAGGGGACUCUCGGUACCGGAUGCUGUAUGAAGUGGUGGACGAAAGUGAAGUGGAGAUUCUGCACUUGCCUUCUUUUGGUGAAGACUGCGGUGUUGAGGAAUACAGGUUUCCUCGAGCAGGCACACUGAAUGCCCGAUCUACUCUGAAAAUAGCUGAAUUUGCAGUGAAUGAUGCUGGACUGGUUGAAAACAUUGUUCUUCUCAGCACGCUUGAACCCCUUUCUUCUGUGUGCUCCAUCUCCGAGUAUAUCCUUCGUGCUGGCUGGACACCCAAUGGCAAACUCGUUUGGACUGAAGUGCUUGAUCGUCAACAAAAACACCUGCAAUUAGCUGUGCUUCCUGUUUCCGCUUUUCACGUUGAUGAAGAUAACAACAGGAGUUACCCUCCUCUUCUCACUGGGGCAGGGGACAUAUCUCCCCAAGUCAUUUGGGAAGAAGUUUCCGAUGUGUGGAUUAAUGUGCAUGACAUCCUUUACUUCUUCCCCACUGAAGAUCCAAACGUCUUGACAUUUCUGUGGGCAAGUGAAGAAUCUGGGUUUAGGCAUCUCUAUCUCAUUUCUUUGAAACUGCAAGGAGACACAACCACUCUUGGCUGUAGUAAAGGAAGUGACAGAGUACUAGCAAAGACACAACUCACAUCCGGUGACUGGGAGGUUUCAGAAAGAGAUGUUUGGGUGGAUGAAGUAAGGAGGCUAGUCUAUUUUAUUGGCUUGAAGGAUACCCCACUUGAAAGACAUUUGUAUGUCGUCAAUCUCGACAAUCCAAACCAUGUCAGUAGGCUCACACCGGCAGGUUUCUCGCACACAGUCUUCAUGAACUCAGACCAUACUUCAUUUGUAACUGUGCAAAGCAACAUUAGUCAUCCACCGUUCAGCCAGAUCUUUGAGUUGAAGUACAACGAAGACACUUCUAUGCCAUCAUCUCAUCAUAUAGGGUUCCUUUUAGAAUCUGCAAGUGUGGGUUCUGCAUACCUGCUGCCUCAACUGUUCAGUCACCAACUGUCAUCUGGUCACGAGGUCUAUGGCAUGAUUUUCAAGUCGCCUGCUCUUGACCCCGAAAGAAAAUACCCAACAGUACUCACCAUAUAUGGAGGCCCAGAGGUUCAGCUGGUCACAAACACAUUCAAGGGAAUGAGGCAUUUAAGGCAACAUCUCCUAGCUUCUGCAAAUUACAUUGUUGUUGUAGUGGACUGUAGAGGGUCUCGUCAUCGUGGGGUGGAAUUUGAAAGCCACAUUAAGGGGAGAAUGGGAACUGUCGAAAUAGCUGAUCACGUGGAAGUGCUACAGUGGCUGGCCGACACCACGGGAUAUAUUGAUAUCAAUAGGAUAGGAAUCCAUGGCUGGUCAUACGGCGGUUACCUGACACUGAUGGGGUUAGCUCAACGUCCAGACAUCUUCAAGGUGGCAGUUGCUGGUGCUCCAGUGACGUCAUGGAACCUGUACGACACAGGGUAUACAGAACGUUACAUGGACACGCCCGCUAACAAUGUGUCCGGUUACUUGAAAGGAUCAGUCUUAGCUUACGUCAACCAAUUCCCAACAGAACAAAACAGACUGCUCAUUGUGCACGGAUUAAUGGACGAAAAUGUUCACUUCACCCAUACCAGCCAGCUGGUUAGCGCUCUGGUCAAAGCAGGAAAACCCUAUCAGCUUCAGGUGUAUCCUACAGAGAGGCACAGCCUUCGCCACCUGGACACGAGUGAACAUUACGAGACAAUGUUGCUGAGUUUUCUACAAGAUCAUCUGUGACGAGAACAAUAGUGUAGCAACCACCUGAUACCGAAGUGCGUGGUGCCAAAAUGCCCCGUGAGAGCUUGUUCCGGGAACGACGCUCAUCAUGCUAGUCAUCAUUGUCGCCCUAAUUUCUCCAGUCUGUCACGCUAUUUUAAAACUGCCUUGUCGAAAAAAGCGACCCAGUGCAGUUGUGUCUGCAGCUGUGUGGUUCCAUCAGUACAUAACUCUGCAGAAUGUGUACAUAUAUUUGGUGCAUCAGUUGCAUUUGCACUCAAGGCCACAGGUACUGUGUUCUUUUAAGAGGAAAUUGAAACGGAACUUUUGAGAAAAAAGGUUUGGUGUGAAAAGUUACACGUCGUUGUUUGCAGCAGUUGUCCUGCCUCAGUAUUUCUGUCUACAGGUCUCGCUCAGGUAGGCUGUCUUACCGUCCAGGCGUACCUGCUGAAUAAUUCAUUUUCCAGCUCAUAUAAGGUACAUAAACUUCGGCUAACUGAAGUAAAUCUGUUUUUACUUUUAAUUGAGAAUGCGUCUAGCUUUCUAUGGGAAAGAGGAACUGCAUAUUGUUGAACAUGAAAGUAGGAUAUAAGCAUGCUGUUGUGGAUUCAAAUCGAGUAACAUUUCCUCGAGAGGCAGAACACGAUUACACAAAGUACACAGGACAUGACUUGUAAUUAGCAGUGGAAGUUUAUUUUGGCAUGGUAGCAUUAUACUAAGGCAAAAAAGGGAGAGGACAAGUCAGUCUGCAACUGAACUUGAGGUGUCCUUCCUCCUCUCCAUUUCUUGCCUUAGUAUGUGCCACCACGCUGAAAUAAGCUUUCAUCUGCUGCUCAUGACCCUUGUCCUCUGUGUUCUGUCUUGCGUCUCUUUUCUGUCAGUCACAAGAAAAUCCUACUACAAUUGUAUACUUGGAAUCUGAAUAGAUAUAAUCUUCAUUCGUAUUGACAAGCAAAAUUAGUAGUGCUGUGGUGUGAAAGUGUGCUAAAAUUCCUUGUUGCUUAGACCGUUCCCAGGCACUUAAUUUGAAUUGUGUUGUUUGUUGAAUAGUGGGGUUUUUUUUUCCUUAAUCAGUCUCUUUUGUAAUGUGUAAAUUGCAAAAUACAGUAAUACCUCGUUAUAAUGAAAUCACACUCGAAUUAUCGCUUUAUUCAGGGUUUUACAUUGUCCUGGCCAAUAUGCAUGUGCUCUGAACCAGAUUAUUCUAGUUUGUGUACUGCCACCUGACUCUGCUUACUGCGAAGUGCGAGCCAACAAACCUGUAUGGUCGUUUUCUUCUCUGUUGCACCUAAAUUAAAAAAAAAAAAAAACGCUGCCAAGGUGCUCAUUGCCAAUUUUUCUUUCCUUGCUCAAAUACCUUUUUAAAGACUACUGUGCCGUUCCCAUGUCCUUCCGAGGCCACUGUCACUGUUUUCGUGCGGCUUCCACUUGUAUUCGGCUGCCACUUAUAUCGGAUUUUUCUGUGGUCUCGUUGACUUUGUUAUAACGAGGCGUUACAGCACUAGUAUUUGUUGCUUUUACCAGUGCAGUUUCAUCACUGCCCAAGCAGUUACACUUUCCAUGGUUGACGGUACAGGUUAGUGCUAUUGGCAGUGGCAGAGUGGUGUACUCGUUGUUGUUGGAUGGCUUGUUUUUAGUUUAUUUCCUACCUCUACAUGCAUGCCAAGCCAGAUUAUGUACAUGAACAACAAGUUCUGCUGCGCAGAACAACAGGCUGUCAUACAAUAGAAAUGAGACUUAGCAACAUAUUUAUCUCUCUUUAUAAAGUGUGCGUGCUGGAAUGUUCAGAAGGUCCUGCUUACUGUAGUGCAGAACCACUUACUGUCUGUACAUUGUGUGAAAGCUUUGUAUGAGAAAACUAUCAGUUGUAGGGGGACCGUUACUGUUUAAAUAUUUGGUUUUAAACUACUUCACCUUGAAAUGGUGAAGCCUCGUGAUUUCUCUCAAGGUUGGCUGCUGUAUCGAGUAAGCCAGUACGAUAGGCGGAAAUUUUGCCUCUUCGUAGGUUGGAAUUAUUGCUAUGUGGUGUGUGUAGGUUUUUUAGACAUUUUUUAUACAGAGGACACACAGUUAUUGCUGGAAUGUGUUGCACCAUCAUCAGGAGUGGUGUACUUUGGUAAUUUUACUAAAGCUGGCAUAAUAACCUUGAACAUAAACUUGAAACAUGCUGUUAUGCCUUUGCGCUCUAUGCUUCAAAUGCUUCUUCACACAAACAGCAAAAAUUAAUUCUACAGAAGCCAUUUGGGUGUAGGUGAUACAUAGCGUGUAUUAAAAUGGUUUUGAUAC